UGAGAGAACCACAUAAUGCGCCACGUCACAUGGACAAUGAGCCACCAACCCAGAAGCGGCGUAAGGUCAACCAGACCAACGCCCCUUGGCGCGUUGCAGUGGUGGGAUCUCUUAUCGUGCUGUUUGCCACGAGUGUGUUUGGUACCUCGGGCCUUUUCUACGUCUACUUCAUGGACACGUUCGGCGUCAGCCAUGAAGCUGCAUCUUGGCCGGCCAGCACAAUGGCUGCGAUGCUUAACUGCGCAGGCCUCGUUGUUUCGUUACUCCAGCGCUUCCUGAGCAUUUUCCAAAUUUCUCUCGUCGGCAGCGUUCUACUGUGGACAAGUCUCAUGCUAGCAGCAUUUGCACCUAACAUGGAAAUCAUGACUUUACUUUUGGGAGCUGUGCACGGUCUGGGACUCGGCUUCGUGGAGAAUACUGUGUCCGUUAUUAUUGCGACCUCGUUCCAGAAGCACAAAUCCUUCUCCAUGGGUUUUAAAGACAGCGGUCGAACUUUGUCCGUUCUCAUUUUCCCCACCGUCGUAUCUUACUUUAAUUCUCUUUACGGUAUCCGGAGCACGCUCGCGCUAUGUGGAGCGUUGCUCAUGCACGUCACAGCGCUGGUGUUAACGCUACGGCGGCAUCCGUUCACAGAACGGCCUUGUCUUCGCCGAAAUAGUACUGGAAGCAAGGACAACGUGAAAUCUGGGUCAAUACGAGCUGUUCGACUCCACAAAGAAUCGUCUGAUAACAAUACGCGGAUAAUAACGCUAAAGAAUAUUAGUUACGGAUCAUGUCAUAAUUUUAUAAAGGCAGCUGACCUCCCUCACAAAAACUUGUCAUUUCAGGUGCCUCAGUCACCGCUCCCGGAUUUUGAUAUAAACACAUGCGCGCAAAAUCAAGCAUCUUGCGAUGCCGCACCGGCACCAGCAUCUACAGCAUCCGAAGGUGGUAGCACCAAUCAUGUUAAGCAACCUUGCACCCAGGAGAGCACCGGUUCUCCGAGGUCGCAGGCACUGCGGAUCUUGCGAGUGGUUGCUGAUCGUUACCCGUCACCUGCCGUGAAUGCGUCACAGGGGGGAAAUACAGGAAUUUCGCUGACAAGCGACGUUGAAAUGCCAGCCCUCAACGGAAAGCGAAAUACUGCGCCGUCUAGCAGAACCCAAAUGGUCCGUCUCUUCGGUGAACCUACGUUUUACAUCCUCGCGUUCCAAAACACAGUAAUGAGCUACUCAUCAUUUAUGUUUCGAUCGAUAAUAGUUGACUAUGCGAGAGACAAGGGGGUGCCCUUGGCUAAUGCCGAACUGAUGGGAACAUACUGCGCCGCCAGCGACCUGCUUCUAGGCCACAUGGGCUUGCCCUUUCUGGCCGACCGCGGCUUUGUGAACCGAAGCUUGCUUGCGGCAUUGACAUUCGGCCUUCUGUCGGCGUCGAUGUUUGCUUUAAGUUACUCGGAAGGAUUUGUUUCUUUCGUCGGCAUCUUUCUCGUACAGUCCCUGCUGAUCUCGGCAACCGCUUCGUUCUCCCCUGUGCUGAUCACCGACUAUCUUGGCGCUUGUCGGGUUCCCAUAACUUGUGGUGUCUCUGGUCUCGUGACGGGGCCUCUACUCCUGGCUACACCCUCGAUAACAGGUUUUUUCAGGGACACCAAGGGCUCGUACGACAGCCUAGUGCGCCUUAUUGCUGGGCUGGCUGCCACCUCUGCAACACUCAUCUUGCUUCUGAGGAUACCAAAGAGAAACUGCUGA